AUGGACGCACCUGCAAACCACCCAGUGGAUACUCUUCGUUCAACCAACAUGGGCGACACAUCUCUGGAAAAACGCUACGACUUCACAAAUUCCCCAUAUAUCUGCAACGGGGACGAACUGGGAUAUGCGACCAGCAAGGACAUUGAAAGAGGAGUGAAAUAUCUGCACGGAGUCAAGGGAAAGCCCGUCAACGAAGCAGGGAAAUGUGGGAGAAAUGACUUUACAUUGACACUCGACUCUUUCGGCGACAUCGCCGAUGGCGUAAGGUAUCUAGAAACAAAGUGUAAUGUGUAUAACGACGAAACCGGAGUUAACAUUGCUGGAGAGGUGCGAAACGAAGAUGAUAACUGGACUGUGAUUAAUAAACCGCAGUACACCUUCAGAACAGCCCUGCACCCGCCCCAGUGCAUAUCAGCAGACACAACCACCCUCAUCUACCCAACACCAACCAACCCAUCGCCAGCAAACAACCACCCGGUCUUCACAGAUGCAAUGUCUAUACGGCACCAGGUCUUCGUAGUCGAGCAACACUGCUCGGCAGACGCAGAGAUCGACGAGGACGAUCCACGGAGCUGGGAGUGGGUUGUUUACGCGCAAGAACAACAGCAACAACAAGAAGAAGAAGAGAUUGAAAAUAAGAUUGAAAACCCAGUCGGCGUGAUAAGACUUGUUCCGCCACCUCAUGCACCACACCAUGAUAUAGUCAACAACUCCUAUUCGUCAAACACUGAACCAUCACCGCAACAGCAGAAGCAGCAGCAGCAAAAAUUCGACUACCAGCAUGAACCAUACGUCAAAAUCACAAGAGUGGCAAUCCUCAAAGAAUUCCGCGGCUACGGUCUGGCGCGACUCUUGAUGCGGGUCGUGGAGGAAUGGGCGCAAGACAACAAGGCGAGUAUAGAUGGGAUGUACAUGACGACUCUGGAGGAUGAUGCCGGUAACGUUGAGGGGAGGAAGGAGGAAUGGAAGGGGUUGAUCGGUUUGCAUGCCCAGGCACAGGUGGAAAAGAUGUAUGCUAGUCUCGGUUAUGAGACGGAUGUUUCGAUGGGGACAUGGGAUGAGGAGGGAAUUGAGCAUGUGGGCAUGUUUAAGAGAGUGGAUAUUCUAGUAUAG